AUGGCACCAUCUGAGCCCUCAACAUCGACCAAUGAUGCCGCAACGACCGUACCCGAGUCCAGCGGCCGGACUCUCUUCAAGGGCCGGAUCCAGCCCCCACCCAGACGGACUCCGUAUACCGCAGUGACGGUGCAGCCCGUACUUCCUGAAAGCAAGAUCACGGCCACAGAUCUACGAGCCCCAAAGCCGGAGGUGGUCUAUGUCAACUCCACGGACGUUUGCCUUCCCUUCUUGGAGCCGGAUAGACCGGGUGGCCAACAAAGCCGGGAUGGCCGCUCGGCUUGA